UAAAUGUUGUGAUACAGGUGGCCAUUGCAGUUGACUGCGUCUUGGAGUAAGAUCUGGUUGUCCAUCUUUCUUCUUAUUAUAAACUGACAACCACAGUGUCAUGGAGUUAAGCUGCCAACAGCAGCAGAAUCCUUGCAUCUAACGAUGUGGUGAGGAAUGUGGAUACUAAACAUCAAGAUCUAGAACCUCCACAUGCACUUAUAAAUAUGGGAUCAAGGGAUCGGAGUAGCAUGGAAGAUCCAGAUGGUACAUUGGCAAGCAUUGCCCAAUGCAUCGAGCAGCUGCGGAAGAAUUCCUCCUCACGCAGGAAAAGAGUAUUCUUUGAAGCAACUGCUUGAGCUAGUUGAAAUGCGUGUGAAAAUGCUUUUGGUGCAGUUGGGUCUCAUUCCCAGGCAGUUCCUGUACUUGUAUCUCUUCUCCGGUCAGGGUCCCUUGGAGUGAAAGAUGCAGCAGCUACAGGUUUUGGGCUUGUUGUGCAAAGAGAAUGAAACUCAGGGUAAAAGUGUUACUUGGUGGUUGUGUACCUCCACUACUUGGUCUCCUCCGAUCAAGUUCAACAGAGGUCAAAUUGCAGCUGCUAGGACAAUCUAUGCUGUUUCCCAAGGUGGUGCAAAGAUCAUGUUGGAUCAAAAAUAUUUCAACUGAAGGAGUUGUACCUGUUCUCUGGGAGCAGCUAGACAAAGGGCUUAAGGGAGGAAAUUUUGGUUGAUAACUUGCUAACUGGCACCUUUAAGAAAUCUUUCCCAGCAGCACAGAAGGGUUUUGGUCGGCAACAAGACAAACUGGGGAGUGGAUAUACUUAUUAAGUUGCUUGUGAAGCACACAAGAAACCACUCAAAGCUAAUGUGUGCUUUCUUCUGCUCAUGCAGAUGAUGGAGGAUGCAUCUGUUUGUUCAAGAUCUUAGACGAGGAGGCCACAAAAACAACUUCUUAAGCUAUUGGGACCUGGCAAUCCAUCACCGGUGAGAGCAGAAGCUGCAGCUGCUCUUAAAUCUCUUUCAUUGCAGUGCAAAGAGGCCAGGCGGGAAAUAGCUAGUGCCAAUGGCAUACCUGCUUUGAUAAACGCAACAAUAGCCCCUUCAAAGGAGUUCAUGCAAGGUGAGUAUGCACAAGCUUUGCAGGAGAACGCAAUGUGUGCUCUUGCAAAUAUUUCUGGUGGGCUAUCUUCUGUCAUUUCCAGUUUAGGACAAAGCCUGGAUUCAUGCUCCUCACCUGCUCAGAUUGCUGACACACUAGGAGCUUUAGCUUCAGCUCUUAUGAUAUAUGAUACAAAAGCAGAAACCACUAGGGUAUCAAACCCUUUGGAUAUUGAGCAAACAUUGAUCAAACAAUUUCAACAUGGCUUACCAUUUCUCGUACAAGAGCGCACUAUAGAAGCCCUAGCUAGUUUAUAUGGAAACACAGUACUUGCAAAUAAACUUGCAAAUUCAGAAGCAAAACGUCUGCUAGUUGGUUUAAUUACCAUGGCAGCCAAUGAAGUGCAAGAUGAACUACUAAAAUCACUCCUCAUGCUAUGCAAUGAUGAGGGGGGCAUUUGGCGUUCUCUUCAAGGUAGGGAAGGGAUUCAACUUUUAAUUUCUCUUCUUGGCCUUUCUUCAGAACAACAACAAGAGUGUGCUGUUGCGAUGCUUCGACUUCUGUCGAAUGAGAAUGAUGAAAGCAAAUGGGCUAUAACUGCUGCUGGGGGCAUACCACCACUUGUUCAGAUUCUGGAAACUGGGUCAGCAAAGGCAAAGGAAGACUCUGCAACGAUCCUGGGGAAUCUGUGUAAUCAUAGUGAAGAUAUACGUGCAUGUGUUGAAAGUGCUGAUGCUGUACCUGCUUUGUUGUGGCUACUAAAGAACGGAAGCCAAAAUGGGAAAGAAAUUGCUGCUAAAACAUUGAACCAUUUGAUUCACAAGUCCGAUACAUCAACUAUCAGUCAACUAAGUGCAUUAUUGACCAGUGACUUACCUGAAUCUAAGAUAUAUGUUUUGGAUGCAUUGAAAAGUAUGCUUUCUGUUGCCCCUCUUAGUGAUUUGUUACGUGAAGGAAGUGCUGCUAAUGAUGCAAUAGAAACGAUGAUAAAAAUUCUAAGCUCUCCUAGGGAAGAGACUCAGGCCAAAUCUGCAGCUGCACUUGCUGGAAUCUUCGACAUCAGAAAGGACCUGCGUGAAAGUAGCAUUGCUGUGGAAACCCUUAGGGAAGCCAUUAAGCUCCUAAAUGUUGAUUCUGAGAAAAUAUUAGUAGAGUCCUGCCAUUGCCUAGCCUCAAUCUUCCUUUCCAUAAGACAGAACAGGGAUGUGGCUUCUGUCGCUAAAGAUGCAUUACCUUCAUUGGUAACCCUGGCUAACUCUUCAGCCUUGCAAGUUGCUGAGCAAGCAACCUGUGCACUAGCUAACUUUCUCCUGGACAAUGCAGCUUCAGAGAAAGUAGUCCCUGCAGAGAUUAUCGUGCCUGCUACUCGUGUGCUGCGUGAAGGGACCAUCGUGGGGAAAACACAUGCAGCAUCCGCAAUAUCUCGUCUCCUUCAUUCAAGUGCAGUAGAUCCUGCACUGACUGACUGUGUGAAUCGUGCAGGUACCAUUCUUGCAUUGGUUGCUUUCCUGGAAACUGCUGAUAGUGGUUCUGUUGCCACAUCAGAGGCACUAGACGCACUUUCCCUUCUCUCAAGGUUGGAAGGAACUAGUGGACAAGUCAAGCCUGCAUGGGAAGUUCUGUCAGAAUUCCCAAACAGCAUAUCUCCUAUAGUUUCAUCUAUUUCUGGUUCAUCCCCAGCUUUGCAAGACAAGGCCAUUGAAACAUUGUCUAGGCUUUGCAGAGCUCAGCCAAUUGCCCUUGGGAAUACAGUUGUUUCUUCUUCUGGAUGCAUUUCAUCUGUCACUAAGAGGUUGAUCAAUUCUUCAAACAGGAUGGUGAAAACUGGAGGUGCAUCGAUUCUUAUUUGUGCAGCAAAAGUAAAUCCACAGCGUGUUAUAGAAGAUUUAAAUGAGACCAAUUCUCGUAAGUCUCUUAUUCAAUCUCUUACCGGAAUGCUUACUUCUAUGAAAUCCCCAAAUGUGGUAGAGAAGUCAGAGAAGGAUGUUAUAAGUAUCUGCAGAGAUACUAAGGGUGGAAGAAGUGUUGAUCCUGAGACAACUACUUCAAUUAUUUCUGGAGCAAACCUUUUUAUAUGGCUGCUUGCAGUCCUUGCAACCCAUGAUCAGAAAAGCAAGACUGAGAUUAUGGAGGCUGGAGCCAUUGAUGUUCUCACUGAGAGAAUUACCAAUUGUUUGUCCCAGUACAUUCAGGUCGAUGAUAAGGAAGAUAGUGGUAUGUGGAUAUGCGCCUUACUAUUGGCAAUUUUGUUUCAAGAUAGAGAUAUCAUACGUGCAAAUGCAACCUCAAAAUCCAUACCUGUUCUUACCAACUUACUGAAGUAUGAGGAUUCAGCGAGCAGGUAUUUUGCAGCUCAAGCUAUGACCAGCCUCGUUUGUAAUGGAAGUAGGGGUACUCUUCUCUCUGUAGCAAAUUCCGGGGCUGCAAGUGGCCUCAUUUCUUUGCUUGGAAGUGCUGAUGAUGACAUUCAUGAUCUUCUAGAACUUGCCGAUGAAUUUUCUUUGGCUCGUUAUCCAGAUCAAGUUUCUCUUGAGCGGUUGUUUAGGGUUGAUGAUAUUCGGUCAGGUGCUACAUCUCGCAAAGCAAUACCAAUACUUGUGGAUCUGCUAAAACCUAUUCCAGAUCGCCCAGGUGCUCCCUUUCUAGCACUCGGCCUUUUACUUCAGCUUGCAAAGGACUGUCCGCCAAAUAAGAUUAUGAUGGUAGAAUCAGGUGCUUUAGAAGCCUUGACUAAGUAUCUUUCUCUUGGACCAAAGGAUGCAAUUGAAGAAGCUGCAACAGAUCUUUUGGGUAUCCUAUUUAGCAGUGCUGAGAUAUGUAGACAUGAAUCUGCCUUUGGAGCUGUUAGACAACUCCUAGCAGUUCUACGAAUGGGUGGAAGAGGUGCAAGAUAUAGUGCAGCAAAGGCAUUGGAGAAUCUUUUCUCCGCCGACCACAUACGAAAUGCAGAAACUUCCAGACAGGCUGUUCAACCCUUGGUGGAAAUUUUGAGCACUGGAUUAGAGAAAGAGCAACAUGCCGCUAUUGCUGCUUUAGUUAGAUUAUUAAGUGAGAACCCGGCAAGAGCACUUGUUGUUGCAGAUAUUGAAAUGAAUGCAGUUGAUGUUCUUUGCAGGAUUCUUUCAUCAAACUGUUCACUCGAGUUGAAGGGCGAUGCAGCUGAGUUAUGCAGUGUUCUCUUUGGGAAUACAAGAAUCAGGUCUACAAUAGCUGCAGCUAGAUGUGUUGAGCCUCUAGUUUCUCUUCUUGUAAUGGAGUCCAGUCCUGCUCAGUAUUCUGCUGUCCGUGCUCUAGAUAAACUCCUGGAUGAUGAGCAACUCGCUGAACUAGUUGCUGCACACGGUGCGGUUAUUCCUCUAGUUGGGCUUCUCUACGGUAAAAAUUAUAAUCUUCACGAGGCAAUUUCUAGAGCACUUGUGAAACUGGGGAAAGAUAGACCUUCUUGUAAGACGGAAAUGGUGAGGGCUGGAGUUAUCGAGGGUAUGCUCGAUAUUCUCCAUGAAGCACCGGAUUUUGUGUCAUCUGCAUUUGCAGAAUUACUCCGUAUAUUGACAAAUAACGCCACCAUUUCCAAAGGUCCAUCUGCAGCAAAAGUGGUUGAGCCACUUUUCCAGUUGCUAACACUACCUGAAUUUGGACCCGAUGGACAGCAUAGUGCCUUACAGGUACUUGUUAACAUCCUGGAACAUGAACAUUGUCGAGCUGAACAUAACUUGACAUCACACAAAGCUAUUGAACCCAUUCUACCAUUACUAGAGUCUCCUUCUCCCGCUGUGCAACAAUUAGCUGCUGAACUUCUCUCACACCUUCUCUUGGAAGAACAUUUGCAAAAGGAUCCAAUUACUCCACAAGUGAUUGGUCCACUGAUAAGAGUCACUGGAUCCGGUAUACCAAUUCUCCAGCAAAGAGCUGUAAGGGCUCUUGUUGGUAUUGCAGUAACCUGGCCAAAUGAAAUUGCUAAAGAGGGGGGUGUCAGUGAACUGUCUAAAGUGAUAUUGCAAACUGAUUCCUCACUUCCCCAUGCAUUAUGGGAAUCGGCAUCCUCUGUUUUAGCUAGUUUGCUACAAUAUAGCUCCGAGUUUUAUUUGGAAGUCCCUGUUGCGGUUCUAGUAAGGUUACUAAGUUCCGGUUCAGAAAUCACUAUUAUUGGUGCCCUAAAUGCUCUUUUGGUGUUGGAGAGUGAUGAUAGCACCAGUGCUGAAGCAAUGGCAGAAAGCGGUGCCAUUGAAGCCCUUCUGGAACUUCUGAGAUGUCAUCAGUGUGAAGAUACCGCUGCAAGGCUUCUAGAGGCCUUACUUAACAAUGUGAAGAUAAGAGAAACGAAGGCUACAAAAUCUGCUAUAGUACCUUUAUCCCAGUAUCUAUUGGAUCCACAAACUCAAAGUCAACAGGCUAGGUUAUUGGCGGCACUUGCUCUUGGUAAUCUCUUCCAAAAUGAGGCUCUUGCCCGGACUGCUGAUGCUGUUUCAGCUUGUAGGGCUUUAGUUAAUCUUCUUGAAGAUCAACCUACUGAAGAUAUGAAAGUUGUAGCUAUAUGUGCCUUGCAAAACCUUGUGAUGUAUAGUCGGUCAAAUAAAAGAGCUGUAGCAGAAGCCGGUGGCGUCCAGGUUGUAUUGGAUCUCAUUGGUUCAAGUGAGCCAGAGACCUCUGUGCAGGCUGCUAUGUUUGUUAAGCUUCUCUUCUCUAACAACACAAUCCUGGAGUAUGCUUCUAGUGAAACAGUUAGGGCGAUUACUGCUGCAAUAGAAAAGGAGUUAUGGGCCACAGGGGCAGUUAAUGAAGAAUAUUUGAAAACAUUAAAUUCCCUCUUCAGCAACUUCCCACGGCUGAGAGCCACAGAGCCUGCAACACUGAGUAUUCCCCAUUUAGUUACAUCCCUAAAAACAACAUCGGAGCCAACACAGGAGGCUGCUUUAGACUCACUGUUUCUGCUAAGGCAAGCUUGGUCAGCUUGUCCUGCUGAAGUAUCUAGGGCACAAUCUAUUGCUGCAGCUGAUGCAAUUCCUUUGCUACAGUUUCUUAUUCAGUCGGGUCCACCUCGGUUUCAGGAGAAGGCGGAAUUUCUCUUACAGUGUUUACCAGGAACGUUAGUUGUAAUUAUCAAACGUGGGAACAAUAUGAGACAAUCAGUUGGAAACCCUAGUGUUUAUUGCAAGUUGACGCUGGGAAACACUCCACCAAGACAAACUAAGGUUAUAUCAACGGGUCCAAAUCCAGAGUGGGAUGAAAGCUUUGCUUGGACGUUUGAAAGUCCACCAAAAGGACAGAAGCUUCAUAUAUCAUGCAAGAACAAGAGCAAAAUGGGAAAGAGCUCGUUUGGAAAGGUGACAAUACAGAUAGACCGGGUAGUAAUGUUGGGUACAGUUGCGGGAGAGUAUGCCUUGUUGCCUGAAAGUAAGAGUGGACCGUCAAGGAACUUGGAAAUUGAGUUCCAAUGGUCAAACAAGUAAGUUCUACAAGUAAAUCUUCUCUUCUUUUGUUUUGUUUGUUUGUUUGUUUGAAUUCAAUCACAUACAUGCAUGCUGCAUCGUUCAUAUGUCUUGUGUAUACCCCCUCCCCUCCUCCCCCUUUAAAAUUGAGAAUUGUGAUAUAUGAUAUAGGCUGCACAUUUCUACUCCAUUUGUUGUUGACAUAUCCUUUUUAGAAAGGAAAAAAAAAUAAAUUCUUUUCAACUAUUGUUGAUUGUUGUUUUAACA